AUGAUUAAAUUCACUAAAAGGUGGUAUUCAGUCAUUCGGAGUCCACACUCCAUACUAGGCCUCAAGCAAAACGCGACCCAGCAAGAAGCAAAAGAUGCUUACAAAAAGCUCGUCAUGAAAUACCAUCCCGAUAUCAACAAAACUGACGAAAAUGCAGCCGAAAAAUUCAAAGAAAUCACAGAAGCCUAUGGAAUCCUCAAAAAGCACUUCGAAAAAAUUGAAAAUUCUGCAAUCCCCACAGAAGAAGGAUUUGUCAGCAAAAGACCAAAAUAUGAUGGAAAAGUUAGCAGUGUUUUGCGAGACGACAAAAUAAGAGAAUACAUUAAUUUUCGUCCUCUUGAUCUAGAAGUCCCAAUUAAAGAAGAUAGGCUGGGGGUCACUUAUAAGCCUUUUUUCACAGAUCAAGAUGCUACACAUCCUAAACUUGGGACAAUGGCGAUUAUUUUGUAUUCGUUUUUGGUUUCAGGAUUUGCCUCAUCUCUGCUAUGGAAUAACAAAAGAAGAGACGAAAUGGUGCAGCAAGCUUUAUUUGAUAAAUUGAUGAGGAAAUAUGAAGCUGCAGAAUUGGACCAAAAUGAGCUGCAUCCAGCCUUGCAAUUGGUGAAGGAGGAUCCUGAAUAUCAAGAAUAUAUCAAAGGCGUGAGUGAAAAAGAAAUAUAUAGCAAAUUUCAGGCUUUUAAUAAGGCACCAAAUAUUAUUGAAAGAGUGAGCAUUUCAGCUGAAGAUAAAAUGCAGAAAACAGUUUCCUUUGAAAAGUUUAAAGUAAUUUAG